UUUCGGCAUUUUGCGGGAGGUUAAUACUCCCUUAUCCUGCAGGCUCCCGCACACAGUCACUCCACCCUCCCAAAGUCAGUCAUGCACUGAGUCCGUGACAGAAAAUGCGGGCAAUCGGGCCACCCCUGAUAUUGCUAACGCCACUCCUUCACCUCCGCAUUUUCGCUUCUCCCACACUUUCACCACCUUCGCCUCCACCACUCUUCAAACUUCUACGCUUCCACUAUUCAAUCGCCAAAAUCACGUCAAUGGCCGGUACCACCACCGCCGCUGCCUCCGCCUCUGACGGGAAACACGUCUCAAGCGAUUGGUUCUCCGUGCCGGAGCUCCGACUCCGAGACCAUCGCUUCACCGUACCACUCGAUUACUCUCUCGAUGAUUCUACUUCCCCGAAGAUAUCCGUCUUCGUUCGCGAAUUGGUUGCUGUGGGGAAGGAAGAACUACACCUCCCAUUUUUACUCUACUUGCAGGGUGGACCAGGUUUUGAGUGCCAGCGACCAACUGAAGCCAGUGGAUGGAUAAGUAAAGCAUGUGAAGAAUACCGUGUUAUUCUAAUGGACCAGCGUGGAACAGGUUUAUCAACACCUUUAUCACCAUCUUCAAUGUCUCAAUUUAAAUCUGCCAUGGAGUUGGCCGACUACUUGAAACAUUUCCGAGCUGACAACAUAGUGAAGGAUGCCGAAUUCAUACGCAAAAGGCUUGUUCCAGAUUCCAGCCCCUGGACUGUGUUGGGACAGAGUUAUGGGGGUUUUUGUGCAGUGACUUACCUGAGUUUUGCUCCACAAGGACUGAAACAAGUCCUUUUGACUGGUGGAAUCCCUCCAAUUGGAAGUGGAUGCACCGCAGAUGCUGUUUACCGAGCUUGCUUUGAGCAGGUAAUGCAUCAGAAUGGCAAGUACUACAGGAGGUUUCCUAAAGAUGUUGAAUUAGUCCAUGAAGUGGUAAAAUAUUUAGCCGAGUCUGAAGGAGGUGGGGUAGCUCUUCCAUCUGGUGGCAUCUUAACACCACGAGGCCUACAGCUUCUAGGUUUGUCAGGUUUAGGAUCUAGUACUGGUUUCGAACGUUUGCACUAUAUGUUUGAGAGGGUUUGGGAUCCUAUAUUAGUUCCAGGGGCACCAAAGAGAAUUAGCUACUUCUUUCUGAAUGCAUAUGAGAGAUGGUUGGCUUAUGACACUAAUCCACUUUAUGCUCUCAUGCAUGAGUCCAUAUACUGUCAGGGUGCUUCUUCAAGUUGGUCUGCUCACAGAAUAAGAGCUGAAAAUGAGAGUCAGUUUGAUGCAAUAAAGGCCGUCAAAGAAGGACAUCCUGUGCUGUUCACUGGCGAGAUGAUAUUUCCAUGGCUAUUUGAUGAAAUUCAAGCCUUGAGGCCUUUCAAAGAUGCAGCUCAUCUAUUGGCGGAGAAAAUGGAUUGGCCUCCUUUGUAUGAUGUUGCCGCAUUGAAUGAUAAUAAGGUUCCAGUUGCUGCUGCUGUCUAUUAUGAAGACAUGUAUGUUAACUUUAAGCUGGUCAUGGAAACAGCUACUCAAAUUGCAGGAAUCCGACUAUGGGUUACCAAUGAAUAUAUGCAUUCUGGCCUGAGAGACGGAGGCGGUCAGGUUUUGGAUCAUUUGCUGGGAAUGCUUAACGGGAAGAAGCCUCUGUUUUGACGCACAGAGACGUACCUACAUUUACCCUGUUUGGCUGAGUGCAGCUUAAGCGGAAGAAUUGUUGCAAUAAUUAAUGGUUUCAAUCAAAAUUAAACGAAGAUGUUUGAUCAAUCUGUGCAUUUUUAUUUUUAUACAAUUUCACAAAAGCAUGAAUAGGUAAUAAACUAUUUAGAGUGGCGUGACAUUCUUGUAAUCAAACCAGAAAGGGUCAUUAUAAGCUUUCGUGUGUUGAAUUUUGACUCUUAAAAAUUUUCCCCAAGAAAAUCCGACGGCACAAUGUUAUGU